GCUUUUACUUACCACAAAUAGCAGCUUCCCAACUCAAAACGCCGUUCCACCGGCACCCUUUCCCGAUUUCAGUAGUAAAGGCCAGGAGGGUUUCAUCCAACCAUUACUGUUGUGUCAAGAACACAAUUACUACUUCCCCCCUUUUACCUGUAGAGGUGUUUAUGGACCCUGUGAAAAUGAAACGAACCGUUCAAGUGGAGGCGUCUGAUGCCCAUGAGGAGUACAGAGUUUAUCCUAGGCGGUGGCUGAUUCUUCUGUCUGUCAGCCUACUCAAUUUUUCCAAUGCCGUUAACUGGGUGAAUUUUGCCCCCAUCGCCAAUCUAACAUCGGGUUUCUUCAGCACCUCUCUCAGCAAUGUUAACAUGCUUGCAAUCGUGUACAUGAUCGUUUCAAUUCCAGUCGGUUUUGUUGUGUGCUGGCUACUGGACUCCAUUGGUUUAGUUGGUGGGCUGUGGACGGGUGCUGCUUUGAACGCACUCGGGUCUGUGCUGCGUCUGAUCGCCGCCAUGCACGGUGAAAAGUUCUGGCUGCUAAUGCUGGGCCAGAGCCUGUGUGGCAUAGCGCAGCCGUUCGGUCUGUUCCCGCCGACCAAGGUUGCCGCCGUCUGGUUUGCGAAUGAUCAGCGCGCCCUGGCCAACAUGCUGGCAAGCAUGGCCAACCCAGUGGGCAUUGCCGUCGGUAUGCUCAUUCCACCGUUCAUUGUGCACUCGCAGAAUGUGGAAAGUGGAAUGAUCAAACUGCUUUGGAUUUGCGUCAUCCCUGCCGGACUUAACGUACUCUGCACUCUGUCAGUCACGCGCAACACCCCACCAACGCCUCCAUCGAUGUCAGCCGAAGAGGAGUCAGAGCCAUUUUGGCGCGGUCUGAAAAAGUUGGUUCGCAACGGGCAGUAUCGGUUCUUGCUGUUCGCUUGGGGCAUCGGGCUUGGAGUUUUCAACGUUCUUGUCACGCUACUGCAGCAGUUUUUGUGUCCUUGGGGUUACGAAGAUCGUGUUGCCGGUGUUGCUGGCGGUGUAAUGUGCUUGACUGGCCUGCUCGGCUCUGGCGUCACCAGUGUCUACGUGGACAAGACGAAGAAGUUUGUCCUUGCACUGAAGGUGUGCUAUGUCGGUGCCGCGGUCGGCCUCACUUGGUUCGCCAUGGUAUCCAGCCUCCGUGAUCAGACCGCCCUCAUAUAUGCAUCACUUGCAUUCUUUGGCUUCUUUGGCUAUGGUCUCUUGCCCGUUGCUCUUGAACUGAGCGUGGAGUGCACAUAUCCAGUUGCGGAGGCUACUUCUGCUGGUGUUAUGUGGCUUGCUGGCCAAGUCACCGGAAUACUGCUGGUGAUCAUUGCUCAGCUGCCAAUAUUACAGUCUCCACUAACCAGUGAGGAUGCAAAGUACUCCAAGUGUGCAAUAGCUGGCAACUCCACGGCCUCCACUUCAGAUGCUGCUGGAGUUGACAUGACCAAUGCAGCUUUGAUGGUGGCUACAGUGGCAGUGGUAACCGUGGUGUUUUUUGUACCAUGCUUCCGCUCUCCGUAUCGACGAGUUGCCGCGGAGAGUGGUGUUAGCCUGGAUGAGCCACUGGAGGCUCAUUUCUGAGACCGCUAAAUGUGACGAUUUAUCAGCUACGGUUAUUAUGGCACAGCCUGGCCAGGUAUGUGACUGUCCUCACCUUCCUCUGUUUUUCUACCUAUUCUUUCUCUUUCUAUCGGACUUGAGAUGGCGUUCACUGACCAUAGCCGUCAUCCUUCUGUCGUUUUAGUGUAUGCCUCGCCAUGGACAAUGUACUUGAUAUGUGCAGCUCACAAGAAGCGAAAUGCCUCGUGGGUCAAAUCAACUUGGAACUUGCAACAGUUGCAUUAGUAUUCUCGGUGGUUCUAGGCACCGAUUCAGUACCCAUCGAUACGCUGUUCUUGCGUGGAGUGGUUUCCCGCUAUGCUUUGCUGGACGACAUGUCAAGAGAGUGAUGAAGGCCUGAGGAGAUACUACCACUUAUUUUUUUUCUCAUACUCUCCAGCUGCAAUUUACGAGUUAGGGACUGGUGUGCUCCAAUUUUUAGACACUUUCAUUCUAAUUUUCUCUCCCGAGACGGUACUUGUACUUAAGUAUCAUCCUAACUAUAUUCCGGUUUGUAGCUUGAGGAGUUCAAGCACUUUGUCGGAUUGUAUUAAAUCACCUCGUCAGUCGUUGAAUUUACUUGAAGUAUUCUUUAUGAGUAUUAUUUCGAAUUGUCGAUGGUUGCUGGAUGCACCUAGAACUUGUGAUGCAGCACUAAUUAUUUAUUGUUAUCUCCGCUGCUUUUGAAUUUGAACCCUUCAAAGUAAUGAACCUUUUCUACUAUUUUUUCUAGGAUUAUAGCUUUUGCUGUUUUCAUGUAAGAGUGUGCCCCCCGGCAUAGCAUCUACAUGAUUUUACCUCCACAUUACAUGUACUACUCUUUCUGUUUCCCUCAUUCCAUUUACUUGAGUUUUUGCUGAAGUACUUUAUUUGUUGAAUCCGAGCCAUUCAGAAUCAGUUUACCCUGUACCUGCUAUCACUAUAGAUUCCCAGUUGAACUUUA